AUGCCUCCCCACGAAGGACUGGUGCAUCCUAAGGAAUAUGAUAUCAAGGAUAGCAAUGUAGAAUUGAUCGGAUCCGACCUUGACCACCGCGUCAAAUACAAUUCCGCUGCUACAGAGCCCGCAUGGAACAAUGGGAAAGUGGGACAAGAAGCUGGCCUCCUCAUUUGGCGAAUUGAGAACUUCGAAGUUGUCCCCUGGCCAAAAGAGAAGACCGGCCAAUUCUACGAUGGCGACAGCUUUAUCGUUUUGAACUCUUACAAAGUCGGCGACGACAAACUAGGCCAUGAUAUUUUCUUCUGGCUCGGAAGCAAGACUACUCAAGAUGAAGCUGGUACUGCUGCCUACAAGACCGUGGAGUUGGAUGAAUUUUUGCAUGGUGCCGCAUCACAACAUCGCGAGAUUCAAGAGCAGCCAUCGGAAGAGUUCUUAUCGCUUUUCCGCCAUUAUACUAUUCGCUCUGGCGGUGUGCAGUCUGGAUUUACUCAUGUUGAACCUGAGGAGCCUAAGGAGGUUACUACGUUGCUUCGUAUCUUCAAGUAUCCUGGAUCUGGACACGUUAGCCCCAUUAUUGUUCAUGAGGUGGAACCAACAUAUCAGAGCCUGGAUGAGAAUGACGUAUUUGUCCUGGAUAAGGGCGAGAAGAUCUGGGUUUGGCAGGGCAAGAAAUGUAGCCCGAUGGAGAAGGCUAAGGCCGCUCAGGUUGUCAAUGAUUUGACCCUGGCAAAGCACGUCGAUGUCGAAGUUCUGUCACAACUUGAAUCUAGAUCUAAGAUUAUUGUGGAUUUGCUGGGUGGCAAGGAAGUUGACCAAAGCUCUCUGCAAUCUCAGCGACCCGGUUACUUCUCUAAGGUCGCUCGUGGAGAAAGUCGUGAGACUCGCCCUCGUAAGCUUUUCCGACUCAGUGAUGGGUCCGGAACACUUUCAUUCGAUCUUGUGAAGGAUGGUACUCGCUUCCAGACUUCUGAUUUGGAUGGUCACGAUGUCUUCCUUUAUGAUACUGGGAGCCGGUUGUGGGUUUGGCAGGGCCUCGAGGCGAGUGACAGGGAGAAGGCCGUAUGGCUUAAGGUCGCUCAAGCCUAUGUCCGACAACUUCAAGACAGCCUCGGGGUUUCGGACGCUUUUCUCACUCCCAUCUCCAAGGUUGUCCAGGGACAUGAAAGCCCAGCCUUUAUGAAGGCCAUCCAAGUUUAG